GGCAUAAGUAUGUUUUUAUCCCUUGAGUUAAUGCCCUUUUUUAUGCAAUACAGAACUUUAUUUGCUUUAGUGGCUACGAAAUGGCACUACCCGGAAUUAUACAAUUUGUUAUCUACAAAAACCUAGAAUAUAAUACAUGAUUGUCAUGCCAUUUGUAAAGUCUGGCUAUGUUUACUGAUGCAAGGUUUCACUGAGAAUAACAUACUGGACAUAGAGGACUAUAUAUUAAAGGUCAAAUUUUAGUGUUUUUUGAAACCAUGACUAAACUCACAUUCUAUAAAACAAUGGAUCUCAUGGACUUUAUUAAAAGAUCUGAAUAUAAAAAGUAGAAGUGGACACUAAAACCUUGUCCUGCCCUGUGCAAAGUCUGCAUGCCACUGGCACGAGGGAGGCUACAGUGUAUAGGCAGCUCCUCUUGUUCACCCAGAGCAGAGGGCAGCACAGUGGCAUCAUCAGGAAAGUGGCCAUAAUGUUGCCAGAAAGCAUUAUAGCUACAGUUGUUUUCAGAAAUGCAACAAGUUACAGGUGUCACUUGCACAUGGUUAUUAUUUUGUAGGACACCAUCUUAUUUCUUUCACUACUGAAUAUAUUUCUAGUGGAAGGGAACGUGCUGCUAUUGGAGAGAUCCAGCAGCCCCUGGCUUCCCUGUGCUGAUCAACCAAUAAGAGCUCUUGAGCAUGUGACCAGAGCCAGUUAAAAACCGUUGGGAUGAUGCUGAUGUCACUCUAACGGUUUAUCCCUUUGGAGAUUGAUGUGAGCUGGUGAAUCUCAGAUUUCAUACAGUGAGCGAGGAUUACAGAUUGAGCGAGGAUUUCACAGGACUUCAAAGACCAACUAGACAAGAAGAAAUGGCAAGAAUCCAACAGUGGAUAACGCUCUCUUCUCAGCCUGCCCGGACAGGGAAGAGAAAGCGCAACGAGGAAGACGACGAGCGACCUUCUGUGAGUGUGAAGAGGUAAGUAGAAAACAUUUUACAUUCAGUGAGCAGGAAAUUGACUGUAAAUAGGCAAAUUGGUUUAGUUGCUAGGGCACACAAGCAACCAUUCUUUCGUAUACACAUUUAUAUCUUUCUUAUUCCCCACUCAAAACGAUCUCAGGUGAUCUCUGAGGCAGCACAGAGAAUAUCAUAAAAUGGGGGUUCAAGGGAAAAGAUCUAAAAAGGCAAAAUUCACUUGAAUAUAUUUUCCAGUUUGGUAAGAUUAUUUAAUAUGCCUCUGAUUAUGGUGUAAACGAUCUGUCUCAAGAAUUAAUUUUGGGUGUAUAGUUUUCCUUUAAAGGGGCUGAAUCCUCUUUAAUAAGUACAUUUGCAGCUUAUUAAAGGAAGAGCUCUAUGAUUUUUGUCACUUAAUUCAAGAAGAAUUCCAUACAUAUGCAAUUUGAAAAUAAAAUAAACACUUUAAAGACUGUUUUGUUAUGGGAAUGUAAUGUACAUGUCUCAAAUGUUUGGAAAACUCUCACUUCUCUUUCUUGCCAUCUCUAGGCCUGCAAGAGCUUCACCUUCCAACGAGAAGUUCUACCAACUGCUGGAGGACAAUUGGAUCAGAAGAGCGUUGGAGAUGGACUCCUGUUUUAAGCUCUCUGACAAGUACCUCCUAGCCAUGGUCCGGAUCUAUUUCCAGCGUGCCGGAUUACAGGAGCAGGACUACACUACAAUCAAUUUUUUUGCAGCAUUGCUACUUGCAAAUGAGAUGGAGGACGAAACAGACUUUUGGAGGCUGAUUUACACCUGGGCCCUUGGGAAAACUUGGCGUGAACAAUCUGCCAUGUUCAGGAGUCUGCGCAAUGAGCUGUGGUCCAGGAUGAACUUCCAAGCCUGGGUUAGCAGAGAAUCCUGUGAGGAGGCAAUGACUGAUAACCCGACCCACUGGGCCUGGAGAAGAGAACGACAGCCACACCAUGGAUUGGCUUGGAAAUGGCACAGAGAACCACUUGACUACUUCUACUUUAAGGUUCCAGACAGCCCAUCAGUUUGCUCAUUGUGCCAGCAGAGGGCAGCUGUCUCCCAAGAGGCUGAGCAACCAAAGAUGCCUCUAAAGAUCAGAAUGAAGAAGGCCUGGAAAAAGGAAUAAGUAUUUCCCAAGUUUUUUGGGUUUUUUUGCAGCACCUCCUUGGUUAUAUAUAAUAUAGUUACUUAUUAUUACUCUAUAG